AUAGCCAAUCAUAGUCUGCCCGAGUACUCUCUUCUCUCUCGCGCUACCGUGUGUCGCGGUUAUUUCGCGAAGUGACCGCAAGGUGGCGACGCAGUCGGCCCAAGAUGGCCACGCUGGAUCAAUGAAACUGUAAAUGGACCAUGGGGAAGGACCAGGAGCUGCUGGAGGCAGCGAGAAGCGGAAAUGUCACCGUGGUCGAGAAGAUUUUGGGUCAACGAGCGAAGAGGAGUGGUCCACUGGCAAGUUUACGACGGGGUCCGGGGGCUAACGUGCAAGACGCCAGUGGAUAUUCUGCUCUUCACCAUGCAGCUUUGAACGGACACAAGGAGGUGGUAAAAUUAUUGCUCCAAUAUGAGGCUUCCACUAACGUCGUCGACGCUAAAGGCUCUUCGCCGCUUCAUUUGGCAGCUUGGGCGGGCGACGCUGAAAUCGUGCGGUUAAUUCUUACCCAAGGACCCUCGGUACCUAAAGUAAAUCUUACGACGAAGGACAACGAGACGGCGUUGCACUGUGCUGCACAGUAUGGGCACACGGAAGUGGUGGCACAGCUGUUGCAAUACGGAUGCGACCCCAGCAUCCGCAACAGCCGGGGAGAAUCCGCGCUGGAUCUCGCCGCGCAAUAUGGCAGAUUGGAAACCGUGCAAUUGCUCGUUAGUACGUAUCCAGAGCUGAUCGUGCCCCUUCGGAAUUCUUCCUCAUCGGUGAUUUUUCCUCACACCCCGCUGCAUCUAGCCUCGCGAAAUGGCCAUAGAGCUGUGGUGGAAGUAUUGCUGGCAGCAGGCGUGGACGUAAACACGAGGACGUCCGCUGGGACCGCGAUGCACGAGGCGGCGCUGUGCGGCAAAAUGGAAGUCGUGCGAGCGCUCCUGGACCGAGGUGUAGACCUGGGCAUCCGGGACUCGCGACAGAACACGGUGCUCGAUCUUCUGGGACAGUUCCCACCACACGUCACUCAGGACAUCACCGCGGUGAUAAAAAGGCACAGGUCUUCCUCUGGUGUGGAAAGCGACGCAGACAGCGAGAACUUGCCACCCAUUCCGGUCCAGGGAAACGAUUCAUUGGGUAGCCCUUACGAAAACGUUCGCCCAGGGGAUGAUCUUUCUCCGGCGGAAGGGACAUCGCCCACUCAAUGGCAGUUCUAUCAUAAGCCUCGAGACGACGAUCGCCGCGUUUCCGGCACUUCCGUUAUGUCUUUGGGUUCCGACAACGGAUUGUACCAAACGCCACCGGUACCUCGUGGAACAAUGGAGGGUAGCUUCGUGUCGGAGGAUCUGUCCUUGACAUUACCCACGGGAUACGGGGGUGGCAGGGAGUCGGAUCAAUUGAGCGUUUCCUCGUCCUCGAGCGUCGGUGGACCGAGCCCACGGGACCGGCGUUGUUUGCCCAACGAUUCCAGCGCUGCCGGGAUUUACUUGCCAAUGGCACCCUUGUCCAGUUCUCUUCACAGCCCCGCCUCCAACAGUAAAGUCUCGCCAACUCCACCGAAAAAGCCACCCAGACGCAAUCUCUCCGUCUCACCGACGCACUUGCAGACCCAGAUGUCUUUAUCAGCGGACUGUUCUCUGGGCCCGAGCAACUACGAGUAUUUAUUCAUGGCGCGCAGCGGCGCCCGCAGCCAUAUCGACUUGGAGCAGUUACAAAAACGCCGUGAACAAUUGCGUCACGUGACCAGAAGCGUGGACCAAUACGUGGAAAUGAAGUCUCGCGUGCCGGAUGGCGAAGAAAGACGCGAAACUAACGUAGAACCGGUUGCCAUAACUUCCAUCUACGAGAACAGACCGAUCAAGACGUUGAACCCUCGACGAAAAUUACGUAGACACGCGUUCGAGAAUUAUGAACCGGAGAGUAGUCCUUGCGCAGACAAAUCGCCGUGCAGCGAGACCGAUUCGUUCGUCCAGGAACCGAUGUUCGUGUCGAACGCGUUCCUCACGCUCAAGUCUUCCCAGGAGAGUCUUCUGGACGACAAGCGCGACGCUAUCGACGAGCAUUCUACGCCAGAAGGUCGCGAAGCAACUGACAAGCGCCUGAAACGAGUACAAAUGAUGCUGCCCACCAGUCCAACGCACUAUGUUCAGCCACCGACGCCUGAUCAUCCGCCACCUUCUGCAAUGCAAGCUGAGAAGUCGAUUCACGAAAGGAUUCGUCCUUUGAGUCAGGUAUACAAACGGCGGUCCCGCGACAUGGAAACGGAAACCGACGAGGAUUUAUUGCAGUUUCCGGCCGGCGGCUCCCUGGACGCUAGCAGCGGAUCGUUAUCGAGCGUUUCUCUGUCCGACAAGAGCAUGUCGACGGACAAUGUCGAGGAAUACUUCGGGGAUGUGCCGUUCGCAGGUUUGUUGAAAGGAUCCGUGACGGCUGAGCGGCCGCGCACGCUGCGUCGCUUGCGGAACGUUUACGGGCCAUCCGCAUGCGGAAUGGGAACCGGAGGUGAUGGUGGUGGCGGAGAACGUCUCGAAGACGGAGAGGUCUCGUUCCGGUCGGACCGCGAUCGCGAGAGGGACGAGAAAACCCUUAGCAUAAUGAGCCCGUUCGACGAGCAGGAGGAAUGGGCCAAAAUUUCAGAGAUCAUGGCGUCGUUUGGCACGGGUCUCGUCAGAGAAUCUGUCUUCGUCACAGAAUUGGAGAAGGAAUUCCAGACGAGACUAGGUCUGAGUUCAGACACCAGCAGCAGCCCUAUUGUCUCUACUUCCGUUGGUCAGUGGUUGUCAACGUUGGGCCUGGCUGAUUACGAGAACCUCUUCAUCAACUAUGGAUUUGAUGAUCUGGACUUCAUAAAUGGAGUUUUGGACGAGACCGACCUGAAGGACAUGGAGAUCACCAGCGAUCAAGAGCGUGCCGUGAUAAUGGACGCGGUCGAUUUACUGAAAAAACGCGUAGACAAACGAUCCGGCGGGAACAGUCAAUCCGUGGACGAAUGGUUGAAGAGUAUUCACCUGGAAAAUUACGCAGAGACUUUCAAGAAAAACUUGUACACGGACAUGGAACGUGUGAGAUGCGUGUGGGAGGUCGAAUUGGCGACCGUCUUAGAGAUCCAGAAGCCAGCUCAUCGUAAGAGGAUCCUCGCGUCGGUCAGCGGAUCGAGCGCGCGUGCGCAGAAUCGCAACUGCACCGGGCCCAACUUGGAGGAUCUCAAUAAGGAUCUGAACACCUUGAAGACGAACAUACAGCAGCUGAAAGAGGAGAUACGGGAGAAGCUGCCGGAAACAACGACGGAGGGUAAUGGCGGUACGUCGAUAACCGGAACGAAUUCGACCGGCACGAGCACAUUAAGGCACCGCAAAAACAGGCCGGCUCCGCAGCCACCCCAGCGACCCAGUUCGCAUAAUGGGGCGAUCUCGGCACCGGAACAACUCGAGAUCAGGGCACCGUCGGAGCUGCUGCUCGGCGUUCCGUCCACCCUGAAGACGCAGUGGAGGCACCAGCCAAAAGCUCUAGUCACCGGCUGCGUCACGUACGUCGCCAACUAUCUGGGUUCCACCGUGGUGAAGGAGUUACGUGGUACCGAAUCAACAAAGAAGUCGAUACAGAAGCUAAAGAAAACGUGUCGCGAACCAAGAGUCACCCCUGACAUUACUUUGGCGAUUUCUUUUCGUGGCGUGCGGUUCCUCAACACGGUGACCAAUGAGCCGAUUUGCGAGCACGAAAUUCGCAACAUUCACUGCGCCUGCCAGGAUGCCGACGAUCUCACGCAUUUCGCCUACAUCACCAAGGACCACGCCAGCCGUACGCAUUUCUGCCACGUUUUCUGCGUGCCAACGAUGGACCAAGCAACGGAGGUGAUCCUAACUCUAGGCCAGGCGUUCGAGGUAGCCUACCAAAUGGCCUUGCGUGACAAACUUGGUAGUCACACGGUGCGAUCUCAAUCGGCCAAUCAACUGACGACUUUCUCAAAAUCUGCAUCGAAAAUGCCAAUGUCUCCAGAUUCUGCGCUGGACACCGGCCGUGAAUCGCACAACCAACCUUCGGCCGCUAUCCCCAUCGUGAAUUCAAUGAACCCAAAACCAAAACCCCGCUCUAAGUCGUCCAUCCCUAACCCUAUAGUGCAGUCCACAAUGACCAAUCCGAUGCAAGACGCAAACUCGAACUCGAGUUCUUUCUCUAGCGGCACCGUGAACUAUAGUUCCAGCUCGAACUCAGCGACCAGUCCCAGCACGAACUCCGUGAGCAGCUCGAAUUCGAACACGAACACGAACCAAAGUGCAAAGCCGCUAGUCACGCACGGUAGGUCCCAUUCGGUGAACGACAUCAAAGUGAACGGGAACCAGUUGAAAUUGGCGCCAGCGCCGGUCGAUGACAUCGGAAUAGGCGUGAAAGACCUGAAGCCAGGCUCCAGGGCGCCUAUAGCUCUGUCAGAAGAACUAUAAGGGGAAUAAGGUUCUCCGUUACUAUUUCGAUACUCAUUACUGUUCGUCCGAGAGAUUAGAUCGAAACGCUUGACGAUCUUUGACCUCGUGGAAAAAGUAUAGGGAUGUCGCUUUUGUGACGCGAGUUUGAUACAAGGGGUUGUUCUUUAAUACGACGGACACAAGGGUGUAUGGUGGACUUUAAGGAAUUUGAGAAGCGUUUUAGAGUUUUUUUGGAACAUUAGAACGAUUAUUCUUCUUAAUGAAGAACUGAAGGUUGUUAAUUGUGAAUGUGAAACGGAUCAUCGUACGGAUUGACCCUUGCAUCAGAAUACUAUAUGAAAUUUUGUAAGAUCAUUAGGACUAAAAUCCAUUUGGGACUUUGAUAUUCGACUGAGAGGUCGGAUUAUACUUGAAUUGUUCGAUUAACUUUCGUAGACAUUAUAUGACACACGCGAAAUAGUACUCGACUAGGUGUUCGCGGUGUCUUUUUAUCUCUCGAAUUUUUGUAGUAGCAUUCUAGACAGACGUUAUGACGGGUAUCGACAAUUUGAACGGUUGUGUCAUUCGGAAGAGAAUGAUAGAGGGGUUUGAUGACAGCUCAGGUAAGUAAGAGACGAUUGUCGAAUUAUUUUGCCAAAUUCUUGAUCGACCAUGAAACGGCGAUGCUGUGAUUUUCUACAUCGAGGGCAUUAACGAACCGACGAAACACGUUUAGAAGACAACCGUGUGCUCAUCUUUUACAUAUUUUAUUCACGUCCAUACAACGACAAAAUUGAAAAAAGGAAAAGAGGAUACAAAGCAACGAAUUGAGAAGAUUGUUACAUUGUAUCUGGUUGGACGGAACGUGUAUAUCGUCAACAGUAUUAUUUGAUUAAAACGAAGCUCUUCGUUACAAAAUAGACGUUUUCUAGGUCUUACACUCGAUGUUUUGUCAAUGAGGAAGAGCGUGACUAACGUUACAUCGACGUCUCGCCUAAAAUAAUUUUAAACGAACUAGAAAAACCGAAAAAAAUGUUGACAAAAGGACGUGAUUUUUUUAAAGAUUUCAUUUUAAAGAUUCCUCCUGCACACGAAACAUUAUAUUGCAUUUAAAAAUGGCACAUUUACACACAUGUAAACAUUCCCAUGUCGAAAGGACGUACAGGUGAGUUAACAAAUUUGCGAAUGCUCAAUUUUGAUCGCGUACAAUCAAAUUAAAAAAAGAAAAAUCGACUGAUGAGACUCAGAGGCUGAAUCGUUUUCACUUUGAACUGUGGCUGAUUGACGUCACGAUGGAUUCGUUUCUUCCAUGAAAUCGUCACCCUCGUUCGAGGUGCCACCGUUUUUUCGACGUUCUCAUCACCCAAGACUGACAGUCCUUAUUUCGUUUCGCAUUUUUCACGUUUCUCAGCAUUUACGCAUAGAGUGUGUACAAUGUAUACACAUGCAUGUACACAACAACAUAAAUUGCACGUAUUAAUUAUCGUAAAACAAAGAAGAAGUAAAAAAGAAAGGACGAAGAGGAGGAAAAACGAAAAGAAAACCGAAGAGAAAAUUCACUCCGUGCGGAUUAACGUAUAUCUAUCGAGUGCUAAUUGGACGAACCUCGCGAUUAGGAAACGAAUAUUAUACCACGAAACGGUACCAAAUAUCUAUCUAUUGUAUAUUUAAAUACUCCACGGAGUUCCCUCGAAAACCCUACAUUUAAUAUAAGUCGAUUUUCAAGUUUCCAAGUUGCUACGAUUGUAAGGAACGUACUACAAUCAUAUUCGAGCGUAGCUGAUCGAUUCAGCUUUGAGCACUAAAGACGACUCGAAUUGAUUCAAAGAUGUGUCAAUAGUAGAGUACUAAUAUCGAUUGAACAGCAAGUAGCAUCUCACGUAUGUGGGCUCCGUCCCUGAAACGGAGCAGGCCUAACUGACCUCGUAUGUAGUUGUCGAAUCGUAGUGAUAAAUCGUGAGCGUAUAAUUGCCCAUCACGAACCGUCUCUGGGAAGUCGGGAAAGAUAAAAGCGUGCGGUAGCUCGAGAAAAUUGUCGAGACGUCAAACAAAUGACGUCUGGUUGUGUACACAACGGGUAGAUUGAUUCGUAGCGAAAACCAAAGAUUGCAUGUUUGUAUAUAAAGCACGCGCGAUAUUAAUCGAACGGGAACGUGGCGAUAUUAAUCGCGAUAUUAAGCUGGAGAGCAAAGAGAGACGGAGCAAAGUGGAGUGAAAUCCAUUUUAGGGUGAUACGAAGAGAAUAUAUUAUACACGGUCACAGACAAGUGGAACACGAGAAACUGCCAAAUAACACACCACCAUAAACACGUGGCUAUACGCACACUUUGUAUUCAUCACAUUUAAAAUGAUAGUUAGCUCUAUUCAUAAUGUAUAUGUAUAUAUAUUAACGCUUAAUCCUGCAUGUAUAUAUAUAUAUAUACACACAUAUAUACGUGCAGGAUUAAGCGUUUAAGGUGUUGCGAUAGAGGUGAACGAGGUUCGUGGACGACGUGAUACAGUAAUUUCAACGUGGAGUAUAAUUAGGUGGAUGCUCCACCUUUCGUAAGUUCGUACAUUCGCGAACUGUAGCGCAGCUAUUGUAGAAUUGUAGAAAAUCGAAAUAGAGAGCAUGCUUCGUCGAUGUGUGUGUCGAUAAAUUCGAGAAAAUCUCGAGAAGAAGCAUUAUUGGAAAAAAGUCGAUAUGAAAUCGAUCAGAGGGGUUAUUCGUGUUGGCUUUGGUUAUUAGUGUUGUUCGAUUGUAAUAAAAUGAGCGGUAAGUCGGAUAUUAAGAUUCGAUAAUUGGUAAUUGUUUAGAUAAUAUGGUUAUGUGAAAAAAAAAAGAUACAUAAAUGAAACGAAAGAAGGAAAAAAUAAUAUGUACGUACUUAGACUAUUAUUGAUGGCACUAUUAUUUGAUAACGAAAUCAAUAAAUUUUGUAGCGUCGUAAAUUACAACAGAAUAGUUGACGAAAACGUAGUACUGCGUUAGAGUGCAGUAUUUAAUACAGGACAAUUUGAAUGCUACGUAGUUGAUAGUCGUAUUAUCGAUCGAUAGAGUGUUUCUCGACCAAGUUUUGACGUUUAUGAGUAAAACGUACGUACUACGCGUUUCGAACAUUUUAACGAAGUAUCUUUAUCGACAAGCGUACCAAAAUGUCCUUUCGUAGAUUUGUACUUUCGUAAGAUUUUCCUUGCUUUCUUUUUUUCUUCUUUGUAAAAAUUGCGUACAGUGAUUCGUAUAAAGUAACAUGGAAGAUUAUUUUCUACAUGAUGCCAUUUAAGACAUUUUACACAGAAUUCUCUUUCUGUUGUUCCUAUGGAUUCCUCGUAAUAUACGCUCAAACGUUCGAUAUCGUAUUUGCCAACGAAAAAUGUUUUAAACACUUUCUUAUGCAUUUAUCAGAUCGUAGAAAUAACAACCAUUUACUGAUUCAAAAAGGCGCGAAAAAAGACCAGUCCAUUCUUAACUUUACACGAAUCACUACAUACAUCUCAAAUUUCUCGUCAAGAAUUUUCUUCAUCGCACAAUCACAUGACUCGCGACUUGAAACAACACUCAUUUCGUCCAUCAACGAACAAUACAGUUUGUAGCCGAUGCAAUCUUUCAAGUGCCAACAAUGGAGCCCCAUUUGUAUUCAAUAAACCCAACGUCGAUGUAACUUCGGGAUUCCGAAGUUAGACCGGCCUGGUGUCAGCCGAAGAGAAAAAAUUCCGACGGACGCAUACGCGCGUUCGACAAGGUGUACAUAACAUACAUCGAACACUUGGUAGCUAUCUUGUUUUUUGCUAUACUGUAAAUUUAACCUAUCCACACGUGUUCAAAGGGGAAUCUUUCGUUCCGUUCCGCCGUGAACACGGACGCAAUAGAUAGUCGCACGAGAUAAUUUAUUUCCUUCUUGCGCAGAGGACGGACCGGCAAUCUCCUACGAAAGAGGCAUCUAUCAUAGCGUAAACUUUUAAGUAUUUAUAUAUAUAUAU